AUAAAAAAAAACUUUAUCAUCACAAAAACAACAAAAUGAUGGAAUCAGAUAAGUUCCCCUUAGCUCCGCCCCACAACUACGUCCGAAGCGAUCAGGAAGUGUCACAGGCGGCGCGGGAGCUCCGCCGUAAGAAGCGGCGGAAACGGAUACAGUCCAUCGCAUCCUUUGUCGUUUUACUAAUCGUUGUCGUUUCGGUGUAUGCUGUUGUCGUUACUCGCUUCAAAACACCCAAAUUCAGACUUAGAGCAGCCUCGAUCACGAGCUUCGAAAUCAGCAACAAUACAAACAAUAACUCGUCAAAGCCUUCGAUUAACGUGGGAUUGAACGCUCAAUUCACUGUCAAGAACAGAAACUUUGCUCGUUUUAUAUACGAGUCCGGCUCUGUUGUCUUUGCGUAUAGAGGGUUCCCGCUUGGCCGGGCCUUCAUCGAUGGUGCCCGAGUCAGAGCACGGACUACCAAGAAAGUCGACGCCGUUGUGGUGCUGAAUUCGGCUGGCAUGGAUAGCCAAGCCGAGUCAGAGCUCGGAAGGGAUAUUGGAGCCGGAGUCGUGUCGUUGACCAGCUACUCUGAGUUAGAAGGAAUGAUUCAAGUUGUUAGGGUUCUUAAAAAGAAGAAGUCGCCUAAGCUGAAUUGUACCAUGGAUAUUGAGAUCCCAACUAGAACGAUCCAAAAUUUGAAAUGUAUUUGAAACCCUUUAGGAUUGUCGACCAAAGUAUUUAAUUAUUGUGUUUUGUUUGUUUGUUAAACAUAUAGAUCUUUAAUUAAUUAUAAAAGUAUGUAUAUUUCUAUAUAUAUAAAAAAUAUGUAUUUAUUA